CCGCGGCGGGCGGGCGCCUUUGUGCGGUGGCGGCGGAGCUGGGAGAGCGGUGCGGGCGGGCGGCAGUGGCCGCCGCGUCGGAGGGGCCGGCGGGGAGCUGGGCGGGCGGUUUGAUUGGUUUGGUUGGUUAAGCGGAACGCGCUCAAGGCUGCAGCAUGGUCCUGGUGCACGUCGGCUACCUGGUGCUGCCCGUCUUCGGCUCCGUGCGCAACAGAGGUGCUCCUUUUCAAAGGUCUCAGCAUCCCCAUGCUACCUCCUGCCGACACUUCCACCUGGGUCCCCAGCCUCAGCUCUCCACCGACUUCACCCUGCCUCACGCCGUACAGCCACAGCCGGGGUUGACGCCCCACAUGGCCCCCGCGCACCAGCACAGCAGUGCCCUGCAUCAGCCCCUGGCACCGGUGCCAGCCCUGCCCUUCCAGGAUGUGGCCGGACCCUCCUUCCUACCUCAGGCGCUACACCAGCAAUACCUCCUCCAGCAGCAGCUCCUCGAGGCACAGCACCGCCGGCUCAUGCCCCAUCCCAGGCGGGCUCAAGAACGCAUGUCUGUUCAGCCUCACCGUCUACAUCCCAGCUUUGACUUCAGCCACCAACUGCAAACUCCACAACCCAUGGGGGCCCAGCCCAGGUAUUUAGCCGAAGGCACAGACUGGGAUCUCAGUGUCGAUGCAGGACUGACUCACACCCAGUUCCAGGUCCGACCAGUCCCUCAGCCCUAUCAACAUUACUUAGCCACACCUCGGAUGCACCAUUUCCCCAGAAGCACAUCCUCGACACAGAUGGUCGUUCAUGAAAUCAGAAAUUACCCUUAUCCUCAGCUUCAGUUACUUGCUCUUCAGGGACUGAACCCCAGCAGGCACACAUCUGCUGUGCGGGAGAGCUAUGAAGAGCUGCUGCAGCUGGAGGACAGACUGGGAAAUGUGAGCCGGGGCGCCGUCCAGAACACUAUCGAGAGGUUCACCUUCCCCCACAAGUACAAGAAGAGAAGACCGCAGGAUGGUAAAGCUGAGCAAGAGGAUGGAGAGGAGUCAGAUACCGAUGAGAAAUGCACAAUCUGUCUGUCCAUGCUCGAAGAUGGAGAAGACGUCAGGCGGUUGCCCUGUAUGCAUCUCUUCCACCAAGUAUGCGUGGACCAGUGGCUGGCCACCAGCAAGAAGUGCCCGAUCUGCAGGGUGGACAUUGAAACACAGCUCGGCUCGGACAGCUGAAAAAACUGGCUGGACACACCAUUUUCCUUACCAGGUCGUAUGGCCAUAAACCCUUGCAGCAAAAUUUUUGCCUUCUGAGCCAUUUGAUUGAGAGGAUAUGUCUGCAGGCACAUUAGUGAAAAGGAGGAGGAGGUACAAUAUCUAGCAGUAGGAGAUAUUGCACAUACGCAGAAUACGGGCCCGGUGAAAGGGAGCUGGCAUUCCCGGAGCUCAGAGACCCCGUGCUGCAGAAGAUUUAGUGUUGAUCAUGAAGGAACUAGUUGUGGUAGUCUGGCCUGUCAAUCCUGCAUUUCAUGAGGAUUGUAUAUAUACCUCUCGAAUACGUAGAAACAUGUUAGGGGUCCUUUAGCUAUUUCUAUGGAUGGCAGCUGGAGCAUGUUAGCUUAAGAAAUAUUGUGUUUGAUGCCCUACUCAUCUUGUGGUGGAUAUGUUGCUGUUACCUAUUUUGCACCAAAUAUUUUUUCAUAGAUUCCUUAUUUUGGUGCCUGAUUAAUACAUUGCAGAUGGGGAUUAAAGAAGUCAAGCUUUCCCACCCUUGCAGGGGAAGAGGCGAAAAAGCAAAUUCCUGUUUACAGUCAGAAGGGUUGCGCUCUUUGCCUCAGCCGUGUGUGCUUCCUUUCCUUGUGUUUACAGUGUGUUGCAAAUUUAGAGAAGCUUAAGAAAAUAAAAUUUGGGAAUGAAAUUAAUGAAGCAAUAGGGAGAAGCUUCGUUCCUGCUUAUCUGCUGGUGCUGGAUGCUUUCUGUAGGGGCGCAAUAUUGAAAAAGAUGCUGUUUCUUUGCUUUCUGUAUCUUAGAGUAGCUUGGCAUAUCAAAAUCCAAGGAAAGGCUGUCUUUGUGAUUGCCAUUUCCCACGAUGCUUUCUCUUGUGAGCUGCAAGGCUGGUCCAAAAUGAUGGUGGCUGGAGUUGGUGGCUGUAGCUGUGCUUUGGGGAUAAAAAGGCUGGAGAGGUGCUGGGAUAUGGAUGCUGCUGCCUCCUCUCUUGCGCAAAAGUGUCUCUGACAAUAAGAUAGGAGAAAACAUGAUGCUCACAGUGCACCACUGAAGCCACAAAUGUUUUUUCUCAGGAGGAGAAGGCACGUUGGAAGUGGAGUUUGCUGUUUUCCAGAGGGUCUGGGUUGUGACUCUGCCUCAAAACACAUGUACUUGCACCCACAUGUGUUUGUAUAUGUUUCAGACUACAUUCAUAUGUAGAAUAGAGUGGUUGUUAAAAUAUAUUCUAAUGGUAUUAACCCCCGAAACGGAAUUAAGGGGAGGUCCCCAAAGGAGUGAGUUGUUGCAUUUCGACCUCCCCUUGAAAUAAAGAUCUCCACAUGGUAGCCACAGGAACUGAGCUAAGAACCCUCUGGAGAGCCGGCAUUAACAACAAAAAUGUUUAAUUUCUUUUUUCUUAAAAUCCUUUUUUUUUUUUGUUUGCAUACUAGGGGAGCAAAACAGAGAUGCGGAGGAGCAAGGGGAAUUAGUCAGGAACAUUACACAUUGAAAAUGCUGAUGGGAUGGGGGUGAUUUCUGGCUCCCCUGAGCAUCUGUUUCACUGCCAAGUGAUGCUCUCCAAGUAAAAACAAUCAUAAAUUACUAUUGGAGAGAUCAUGGGAUUCCCAUGAGCUGUAACUGGAAAACACCAACCUCAGAGGCAACUCAGAGUUUGGUUUUUUUUUUUUUUCCUAAUUAGAGACAGGAUGGGAAGAGGGGAGCCCUGUGGGGUGCAAGAAUGCAGGAACCCCUCUCCUGCUGUGACGAUACAUGUAGGAGGGAGCCGAGUGGAGUGAAGCACAUGACGGCAUCUAAGGAAGACAGAAGAAAGAAACUUUUUGUGCUGAGGGUGGUAAAACAAUGUCAUAGGUUGCCCAGAGAGGUCCCCUUCCCUGGAAUCAUUCAAGGUCAGGUUGGAUGGGGCUCUGAGGGGUUAAACUAGAUGACAUGUAAAUGUCCCUUCCAACCAAAAAUAUUCAAUGAUUCUACGAUAUAUUUGCCACUCAGUCCAAGAGGUGGCUUCUUGGGGAAGGCAGCAGUCCCAGCCCCAGCUGAAGGGCCGCAGGCACCUUGGGUCGAGGAAUGGUCCAUCGACACCUUUGGGGCUUGCUCCAGCAGCAGCAGAUUGAAGCAGCAUUGAAAAUAGUAUUGCUAAUAAAUAUGGACAAGAAAAACAAGGCUUUGCUGUUAGAAUACACUGUAAGCUGGUCUGGUUUGUCUAGGCAUGAGCUGCGGGCGAAGCAGAGGGAGGAAUGGGGCAAUUGGAACCCUGGCUAGGGAAGGAGGAGCGCUUCCAAACCGCGCGUUUUCUUAAAGCCUAUGCGAAAGUAUUACUAUUUGCCUAAUAAACAAGCACAGUUUUUUUUUUUAAAAAAAAAAAACAAAAAAAAAAAAAGAAAAGAAAACAAAAAAAAAAAACCUUGGUGAAGAAAAGCACCAAACUCCCGUGGUCUCGUGUGAGUGACUGAUCCCAAGGUGCGUGCCAAUUUACAGCGUCUGGAGUUGCAUCGGUGUGUCAGGUUCCUUUGAGUUUAAAUAAUUUGUACGAGUAGGUUGCGAUAAUAGGGUGAGUCUGAAAACAAAACAAACAACAAAAUAUCUCUAGGAACAAAACAUUGAUAGUUUACAGGGUUUUGUGAGUUUAAAUGCCUUAUAUUUAACAAUCAUAAUUUAUGACUAACUUGUAGAUAUUGUGAGUUCUUAUUUAAUUAUUUUUAUAGUUGUUUUUUUUGCAUUUUUAAUUAUAAUUUAUUUAUUUAGAAAUUAAUACUAAUUUUUUUUAUUACUCCUAUUACCUCAUUUUUGCAUUGUUUCUGGGAAUGGAAUGCUUUGCAUGCGUCGGUACUUAAAAAAAAAAUCAAAAACAUAGGAUGUGGGGGAUAAUGCUUAUCUUGUCAAAAAAAAUAGCAAAAAAAAUCAGGGUGUGUGAUUACAAACUGUAUUACUGUGGUGCUGUUACCUUGGAUACAUUCCAUAAAAAUGCAAAACUUUGAUUCUGUAUGCUGUGACAUAGUGGAAAACUGCAAUAUAGUGACUGUGUUUAGCACAUAUAUAUGAAUAUUAUUUGCACUCAUAAUCAAGCUCUGGUGAUCCUUUCACUUGCGCCCUCGCGCAUUCAAGGUGAUCGAUGGCUCUCUGAAAAACUAAAAUAUUUUGGUUGAUUCUUGCCACUGCCUUUGUCCCCGACACCGCCGGUGAUGCUGCUGCUCUUGCUGCGUGUGUUACCCUGAAACGACACCCCUCGGGCCCCAGCUGCAAGGCUGUGCUUGGAGCAAUGCAUACAUUUAGCACAAGACUCUGCAAAUUGCUUCAAAAGCCAAAGGAGGAAGCCCAGGCACCGUGUCUCGGUUCAGUUUUUGGUGCCUAUCAGUGCUCGGUCUGGCUCUUUUCCCGCUCUGUGCAUGCACCCAGGUGGGCGCCGCGGGGAGGGUGAAGGAGGAAAUCGAUUGAGCCUGAGCUUGGAGGCAACAAAAGUGAGGGAUUCAUUGCAGUUUAUAAGGGUCUGAGAGGGA